AUGUUACCUUGGCUUUUAGCUUUUGCUAAUGGCAGUGUAGCAGCUAUCCUUAUUUACCGUUUUUUCAAGCUCAAAACCGCGCAUUCAUUACCACUGCCACCAGGGCCAAGCCCAUGGCCCAUAGUGGGAAACUUGCCUCACAUGGGCCGUGCGCCACACCAAACUGUUGCGGCCCUGGCCCAUAAGUAUGGCCCGCUCAUGCACCUUCGGUUGGGGUUUGUCGACUUUGUGGUGGCGGCUUCCGCCUCUGUGGCGGAGCAGUUCUUGAAGGUUCACGAUGCGAAGUUUGCAAACCGGCCACGGAGCUUCGUGAACAAGUACAUGAGUUAUUACAAGGAAGACUUUGGGUUUGCUUCCCAUGGCCCUCGGUGGCGGUUGUUGAGGAAAAUAAGCUCCACUCACAUGUUCUCUGGUAGGGCCAUGGACGAUUUUAGAGAAGUGCGUGAGGAAGAGGUACAAAGACUGACAUGUGAUUUGGCAAGUUCAGGCUCAAAAGCUGUGAAAUUGGGACUGUUGUUGAACGUGUAUGCCACCAACACAUUGGCAAGGGUGAUGAUAGGACGAAGAGUUUUCAACGAUGGAAACAGUGAGUGGGAUCCAAAGGCAGAUGAGUUUAAAUCCAUGGUGUUGGAGCUCAUGAACUUGUUAGGAGUUUUCAAUAUUGGCGACUUCAUUCCAUUCUUGGAUUGGCUAGACCUUCAAGGAGUAAAAGCCAAAGCAAAAAAACUACGCAAGGGCUUUGACGCAUUUUUAACCAGCAUUCUCGAGGAACAUCAGGUUUCCAAGAAUGAGAAACAACAAAACACAUACUUAACCACGUUGUUGUCACUCAAAGAAACUCCUCAAGAUGGAUACAAGCUUUGUGAAGAGGAGAUCAAAGCAAUACUUUUGAACAUGUUUGGAGCUGGAACAGACACCUCAUCAAGCACAAUUGAAUGGGCAAUGGCUGAACUAAUCAGGAACCCAAGAAUUAUGGUUGAGGUGCAACAAGAAAUAGACAGUGUUGUGGGUGAAGACAGACUUGUGACAGAACUUGACAUGCCCCGACUCCCUUACUUACAGGCUGUGGUGAAGGAAACAUUGCGAUUACACCCACCGACCCCUCUUUCUAUUCCAAGAUAUGCUGAAAAAAGCUGUGAGAUAUUUGGUUACCACAUUCCCAAAGGUGCAACUCUCAUGGUGAAUGUUUGGGCCAUAGGACGUGACCCUAAGGAGUGGUCAGACCCAUUGGAGUUCAAGCCCGAAAGGUUUCUCCUUGGUGGUGAGAAGGCUGGUGUUGAUGUUAGGGGCAACAACUUUGAGGUUAUACCCUUCGGCGCUGGUCGUAGAAUAUGUGCUGGUAUGAGCUUAGGUCUGAUGGAGGUUCAGCUGGUGACUGCUACCCUAGCCCAUGCAUUUGAUUGGGAGUUAGAGAAUGGAGUUGACACAAAAAGUCUCAAUAUGGAUGAAACAUAUGGGCUCACCCUCCAAAGAGAAGUGCCUCUCUGUGUCCACCCUCGUCCUAGGCUCUCACGCCACUUGUAUUCAUCAUCAUCUCCAUCAUUUUGAACUUAUCCUUUCUCUUUUAGUAACAUGGAUGCAACAAAUAAAUGGUGUUCUUUCAAUUUGUCAGUGUUUUAGU